AUGCUCCCGAUGAAGCAUCAUCUCGUCCUGCCGCUCCUGGGCUUCGUAUCUUUCGUCCUCGCUGAUCUACCCUCCGUUUCUCACGUCCGGGUCCCCAAUGACACUUUUGAACCAGUACAAAUCCGCCAGGCGUAUGCCGGGUCCACCGGGAUGCACCUCUCUUGGAACACCUUCGCUAAACUCCCAGCCCCUCCCACUGUGCACUACGGUUUCUCUCCCACCUUCCUUCCAUUUCUUUCUUCACCCCAUAACGGGGAAAGCGUGACGUACCCUACGUCCCUCACUUAUAACAACCAUGUCCGACUAAAACAGUUGUUCCCAAACACUAAAUAUUACUGGAAGCCCGCGUUUUCCAACGCAAGCAGCAUUUUCUCGUUUACUACGGCUAGAGAGACGGGCGAUCAUACGCCGUUUACGGCUGCUGUGGUCGUGGAUCUUGGGUUGAUUGGACCGCAGGGGUUGAGUACGACUGUUGGUGCGGGUGCUGCGCACCCUCUCCAGCCUGGCGAGAUCAACACCAUCCAAUCUUUGCAACAGCAUCAAGACUGGGAUUUCCUUUGGCACCCCGGAGACAUCGCAUAUGCCGACUACUGGCUGAAAGAAGAACUCCAAGGUUUCUUGCCCAAUACUUCCAUUGCGGACGGCUUCCACGUCUACGAAUCCCUCCUCAACCAGUUCUACGACGAAAUGACCCCCCUCACCAGCCAGAAACCAUGGAUGGUAGGGCCAGGAAAUCAUGAAGCGAAUUGCGAUAAUGGCGGUACCAAGGGAUACGACGUCACCAUCUGUAUUCCCGGUCAAACCAACUUCACCGGCUUCCGGAACCAUUUCCGCAUGCCUUCCUCCGAAUCGGGGGGUCUUGAAAAUUUCUGGUUCUCGUUCAACCACGGGAUGGUUCAUUUUGUGCAAUUUGACACAGAGACUGAUUUGGGGCACGGAUUACUGGGACCUGACCAGCCUGGGGGAUCGGCAGGGAAUCCAGGAGAGGACAGUGGGCCAUUUGGGUUGGCGGAUCAGCAGAUCCAAUGGCUUAUUAACGAUCUUAAAAAUGUGGACCGCAAGAAAACGCCGUGGGUCGUCGCUGCUGGCCAUCGGCCUUGGUACGUGAGCGGCACCGCCUGCCCAGAAUGUCGAGAAGCGUUCGAAGCCACGCUAAAUCAAUAUUCCGUCGAUCUCGUCAUGUCAGGCCACGUCCACGUCUACGAGCGCUCUGCCCCGAUUUUCAACGGCACCGUGGACCCCAAUGGACUGAACAACCCCAAGUUCCCGUGGUACAUCACAAAUGGGGCUGCGGGGCACUAUGAUGGGUUGGACACUUUGAGCGCGACGCUGGCGCCGUAUAGCAGGGCGGCGUCUGAUAAGUAUUAUGGGUGGAGUCGGCUGGUGUUCCAUAAUUGCACGCAUUUGACGCAUGAGUUUGUGAAGAGCGCGGAUGGAACUGUUUUGGAUAGCGCUACGCUUUUCAAGGAUAGGAAGUGUUGA